AUGAGCUCAAGCACAGAUAUACAAGAAGUCGCUUCCAAACUCCAACAAUUAUCACUGACCAAGAAUGGAAUUGCCUUGCCAAUGCCACAGCAAUUGUAUGCCAUGGGCAAUGUGCUGUUUCGGAUAAAAGGAAAUGACCAACAUGAAGGUUGUCGAGAGCUUUUGACAGCUUAUCGCGAGUUGAUUGAUUCCAUGCCAGUCGAACACUUCAAGAAAAUAUUCAGAUUAUAUCAUCGAGGGAUGUCCACGCUGAUAAUUGAAACAAGAUCCUCCUCUUCGUCUCUGGAAAAACUAAGAAGUGCUGUGCAGACCAUGGGAGGCUUGCUUUGUAUACCCAAAGUGUGCAAGCUUGCUUAUUCCAAAGACUGGUUGUCAAGCCUAUCUUCCAUAUACGAUAUUCAUAUACUUAAGGAUUCUUCUAGGAUACAAAAGGACGAGGUUUUGUCCUUAUUAUCACAUCUUUUGGUGGAAGGACUGUUGGCAGCAGAUGCAAAACAGCAACCGGAGUCACUGGAAGAGUUGCUCAUGUCCGCUAUUCAGACCAUGGAAGAAGAAUCUACUGACUGUCUACGGGAUCUACAAGAUUGGGAAAGGCGAUUAGAACCGUCUCAUGGCAGCUUGGAAAAUGUCCUAAAGAAUCUCCCUUUCAAUGAAGACACUCUGCAUCAAAGGGAGUACAUUUUCAACAUGUUGGAAUCGGCGCGACUGAGAGAACAGACAGAAACCACAUCGAUAUUAGAUGUGAAUCAAAAGCCUGCUACAAAGGCUACAAAGGCCAAGGUUGUGUCCCCGGCAGAUGAGAUGGAACGGCGCAUUGCCCAAGUAAAACAAAUCAUUCCAGAUUUGGGUGAGGGUUUCAUCGAGACAGCCCUGAGUCUAUAUCAAGGGAAUGUUGAGACGACUGUUUCUACAUUACUCAACGACCCGUCUCAAUAUCCACCUAAUCUUCAGUUUUUGGAUCGAUCGUUGCCCCGAAGAAAGAAGGAUCGUGCCGAAGACGAGGAAAGGGAUGCUGCCGAAGCGAAAGAGCUGGUCAAGGCUCGAAUGGCGCUGGAAGCCCAGCAGGAACAGGACAGGUACAAAGCAUUGUUGUAUGUGUCAGCCCAAGAAAAAGAGCAAAUGGUGGUCAACGAGUACAAUGAUGACUACGACGACCAAUAUGAUGAUAUUGACGUCAAGCUAGGAGACACCGAUGGUGGAUUGUAUGACUUUGAACAGAUGAAGAUCUACAACAAGUUUGCUCGUGAAGGUGAAGCAGAGGAUUCCUUUUGGGAGGCCAACCGAAACACGAAUCGUGCGAACGACGCCAAGGGCAACAUCAACAAUAAUACUGGUGGUGGCCAAAAGCAAUUUCGAGGACCUGAUAAAAUCAAGGGUGGUCGCAUUGUUGGGCCCGACGGCAAGAUUGUGAGGAAACCAAAUCACAAGAAAAACAAGAAUAAGCAACAAGCUGCCAAGCAGCAGCAGCAGCAAGGACAACAACAAGGGAAAACCGCAAAUGGCAACAGCAACAAUACCAAUGGAAAUGGCAACAAAAAACCAGCUCCGAAUGCUAAUAAUAACAACACCAACAACAAUGGUAACAGCGGCCAGAACCAAAAGGGAAAGCCAAAAACCAAGCCCAAGUCCAACAAUCGAGUGAAUCGACAACGAGACAAGAAGCAAAAGUCACAGGGUACCUUUGGAAUCUAA